AUGGAGGAAGCUUAUGGACAUAAUGGAGAUGGUGGAGUUUUAGUACGGAAGGAUCCAUUGGUCUGGAUAUUAAAGACUAGGAAACUUUUUAAUGUCAACACUGCGAGAAUUGCAAAGAUAACAUCGUCCAAUAGCAAGUUUUUUCAUUUUGCUGUGCAUGGAUGUUGUGAUGUCACAUUUGAUCACGUUACAGUGAUAGCUCCAGUAGAUAGCCCCAAUACAGAUGGAAUUCACGUUUCAAACUCAAGUGGUGUCAACAUUAUGCAUUCAGUGAUUGGCACCGGAGAUGAUUGCAUCUCUCUAGGCCCUGGAAGUAAAUUCAUCAACAUAACAGACGUCCAGUGUGGUCCAGGUCAUGGAAUUAGCAUCGGUAGCCUCGGAAAGUACCAAAAUGAAGAAGAUGUCUCUGAAGUCAUAGUAAGAGACUCCACAUUUGUUGGCACGGUGUGA